CUGUAGGAGUUGGCAUCACUGUGUUCGACAUCCCAAUUGAUCAGAAAUCAGAAUCCAUCAAAUAUAUUGAAACUAUACCCACAAUAACAAAGUAACGCGAACCAACAAACUCUGAUUUGACACUCCUUUUAUUGUGGUUCAACAUUCUUUGUAUCCUUGAUUUUUUUCUAAAAAAUGGCGUCCUACGUGGACAUGAGCUUAGAUGAUAUUAUUCAGAAAAAAAAACGCGGCAACCCUAAGAAAUUAGUACCAAAGAGACUACUGGGACCUGUGCGGAAACCAGCAGUUUUAGAUGCCAGGAAUAAAAUAGUUUCUAAAAAAAGGACUCAAAUAAAGGAUGCAAGGGAAAAAUUAAUAGCAAUUGCUCAACAAAAGGAUGCACGUUUAAAGUUGCAACAAUUACGAGCAAAAAAGGGCAUAACUACAACAACAGCAUCAAACCCAAAUAGCAAAAAAUAUAAAAGACUGAAUGUCCAGUCAGAACGAGUAUUUUCUGACCCAUCUAGGUUAGUUGUUUCUCAACCUUUGCAAACAAGACCAAGGCAAACCAAACAAAAACGCUUUCUGGAAGAGAGACUCGUUGCACCAAAAUCUCACUUAAAACUUCCGUUGAAACCUAUAGUACGUACAAUUGAAAAUGAUCUAGAAAUCAUAGAUGAUCCUAUGGGGGAUGACUAUGGACCAACUACAGCAAUACUUGCUAAUCGAAAAACUAGUUUACAAUUGAAAAUUGUUACACACAACAAUGAUAACCAAAGAAUAAUGGUUAGAACAAGGGAAAAAAGUCCACCAAGACCACCAUCUAUCCUUAAAAAGAGACCAAUGGCUGCAUUAAAAAUGGAUAAAAUGGAACAGGAAGUUGAAAAACCGUUGCUAGAGUACCGCAUAAUUGUUAGUAAUUUACGAGAUACUGUGACAGGGGCAGAUAUCAAGGAGUUGUUUGGAGAUGUGGGUGGAAUGGUAGAAUCCCGUUUGGUCAGACCUGGUACAGCAGAAGUUAUUUACAAGACUGUUGAAGAUGCACAAAGAGCUGUUGAUUUGUAUCAUACCAGACAGCUUGAUGGACAACCAAUGAAUUGCCUUCUCGUCACCCCACGUGUCUCCAACAAUUUGGCAAAGAGCAGCUCCAAUCCAGCACUAGUAAGCAGCAAUUCUAACGUAGAACCUGAUAUUUCAACAUUUCACAAAGUGCUUUUUAGUAAUUUUUAGUCUUAACUUAAACUAUAAAUAUGAUAAAUAAUAUUACAGCUUAUGUAAGCUUUGCUACUUGUGUAAAGAUUUCAGUUUUUAGAUCAAUAAAGAAAGGCUAAGACUAGUAA